AUGGCCACUGUCGAAAUAAACGAUGCCGUGUUCUGCCAGCAACACAUGGCAGAAGUUUGCGAAGAUUGCGGUGUAGAUCUUCGUGAGGAAAAUGAUGCGUUCUACGGGUUUGACUCCGUGGAUCGCGACGCCCUUACAUGCCCACCAGUUUCUACGAAUGAUGAUGGCAUAUAUAUAUGUGAUCAGCAUGAUACAAACAGCUGUAAUGUGUGUUUCGGCUGGAAAAAGCAGAUUACUAGGCUUCGUACUGCCGCAAAGAAAGCAGGUCGCUGA